AUGGGGAACUCACAACCAACCAACAUAACUCUAUCAAAGAAGGUACCACCAUCCUCACGCUCUCCUCAACCACAGCCAAAACAACAACAAUACAGAGUGCAACCAUCCUCUCCAACUAAAAUUCUGCCAGCAACAAUCAUUAAUGAAACAAUAUCAUCCUCUCCAAAGAAGACCAAUAGCAGUAGAAGGUCUUCUCUGGUGAGUGACUAUGAAAGUCCAGAGCUAUCAAGUUUGGUCUUUGGUUUUGUUGUGGGAACACCUCCAAAACGCUCUGAUUCUCUCUCAAACAAUAGUGACACGACUAGUGUUAUGAGUUUCGGGAGCCCUCAAUCAGCACCUCCAGUCUUUAGCCCAUCCAGAAAGAGAAGCCAAUCAUUGUACAAGGAGCAACGAAUGGUAAACUCGUGCAAGGAAUUGAAGAAGAAUAGAAUUAUUCCUGUCAAUGCUGAAGUUGCCUUACCAAAGUCAAGUAGUAUGCAUGCCCUUCGUACAGAUAAAAAUGAUGGAAUCAGCAGAGGUAGAUCAUCAACAUUAGGCUCUGUUCCAAAAAAUGGCAUUUCCAGAAGCUCGUCAUUCAGUAAUAAUAAUGGUGGUAUUUCUGCUGUGGUGGCCAAUCCUUAUUCUAUUGUUGGUCCAAGUAGUCCUAGCUCACCUAGAUCAAUUCCUUCUUCUCCUUCCUCACCUAGCUCUCCGCUCCUUCUCUCUCUCUUCUCAUCAUCAUCUUCUAAUAUGAUAGCUAGCAGCAAUUCGCCUCCUUUGUGUAUUGGAAUUAACAGAAAUACUGUUCCAUUAAUACAUGUCUCAACACCUGAAGAACCUCAUGCUUAUGAGCACUUAUCGCCGACAAUCCAAGAAGUUCUACUCUCCAAACUCGAUAAAACAUCCAAAGAUAAGGCAUUGAAAAAGCUUUCUAGAGAAUCAGCCUUUGUAAAAUAG